AUGGACACCCUGGGAACGCUCCUCGUGCUGGGCGCCCUGCUCCUCUCGCCUGCAGAGGCUCAGCAGGCCACAGAGCGUCACCUGAAGCCGUGGCUCGUGGGCCUGAUCGCUGUGGUCAGCUUCCUCUUCAUCGUCUUUGUGCUCAUGCUGGCCAACCGCAUCUGGUGCUCCAAAGAGAGAGCUGAGGAUGAAGAGGUCGCUGUGAGAAUGGAGCCCAAUCCGUACGAAGACACAGAACCCAGUAGAGAAAGCAGGACAGAGAAACGAGAGAAGAAGAAAAAGGCCAAGAAAGGAGAGAGCAACCUGGGAUUGGAGCUGGAGGAGAAAGCAUCCUCGGAUGAGGAAAAAGUAAAGAAGACAGUUUUGUGAGACGCCCUGCUGCCUCCUCCAGGCAGGCCUCCCGAGAUGCCUCUUCCAUCUGCUAUAAGCAGCACCCUGGACUUGAAGACCUUCCAGGCUUCUGAACACAGUGUCCAAGGAGGGCUCAGAGAGCAUCAUGUGCUUUUUAUGGAGUUCCU